UCUCUCUCGGUACCAUGCAGAAGGCGCCAGCUGCUCCUGCCGCGGCUGCCGCGGGGGUCACUGCACGUCCCGUAGCCCCCGCAAUUCUGCAGCUGUCCCCCUUCCUGAUGAAGCUGUGGGCUAUCAUGGAGGAUUCGCGGAACGGCAGCAUGAUAACUUGGAGCCCGGAUGGGCAAAAAGUUUGCAUCUUGGAUGACCAAAGGUUUGCGGCUCAGCUGCUCCCAAAAUACUUCAAACACAACAACUUGUCCAGCUUCAUUCGUCAGCUCAACUUGUAUGGCUUCAAGAAGGUAACGUCAAUGAGAAAUGAAACAAUGGUCACUUGCAACAACUCUACCAAGGAGUAUCAACACCCACGGUUCCAAAAAGGGAAACCUGAACUGAUGGCGAGCAUCCAACGGAAGGUGUAUACAUGCAAGGAGCCCGCAGCCAGCUCAACAAAAGACCAGCAGGCAAUGCUCGCCGAAUUCCGGGCCAUGAGAGAACAGCAGGAUGGCAUAAGCACCAAGCUGGAUACCGUGACCAGGGACACCACCUCAGUCCUUGAGGGAAUGGGCUCUCUGCAACAGAAGGAAGACCAGCAGCAGGACGUCUUAUCUCAGAUCCUCCAGAUCAUUAUGAAUUGCAUGUCUGAGAAAGGCAGGCAGGAUGCCCAAAGGAAAAGACAUCAGAAUGAUGCUUCGGAAGCCCCUCGUCCAAAGAAUAGCCAUCCACAGGCUCACAGUGCUAGGGAAGAUCGUGAAACAGCAGCUGUUCCAGGACACAGUGCAGACCACAGAAACUUGGUUGUGACCCAUAACAACAUGGAGGGUGAAGCAGGGGAUGCUGAUGGUGCAAAUAAUGGGCAGGCUGUAGUGCGUGAGCCCCAUGGGACUGGAGAGGAGGGUCAACACUUCAUGAAUUUAUUCAUAUCAAACACUGUGAAGAUUGAUACGCAGCUGAGUGAGGAGGAGCAAAACGAUAUCUCAAAAAUACUUUCUUGGGAGAAGAGGGGCACCGUCAUGAGUCAAACCGGAGGAGCAGGCGCUGCGGAGGGGGCCAGGGGAGGACCAAGUCUGGAGGAGAGAAACAGAGAUUUGGAACAGCAGCUGGCUCUUCUGGCGGCGCGGCUGGAUGAAAGGCGGACUCAGGAUGCCCAGGGGAAGCCCACCCCCAUCGCAAGGAAGGUGGCUGUUGUGACUGGGAUGAAUGAGGAGGAGGCACCAAGGAAUGACUUGCAGCUGAUUCACAACCAGAAUCCCAUGUUGGGGGAGCCUCCAACUUUCAAGAUGGAAUAUGACAACAGUAUUCCCCUGGAGGCUUCUGUUGACAUCAUACCUCCUGUUCAUUUCAGCGAUGAGGCACUUGAGGAGUGCCUUGGUCAAGUAUACCAAGUAGAUGGCGCACCUACCCUGUUGUUCCUGGAUCAGCCGGUUUUCUUUGAAAAUGUGUAAAACAGCUAAAGAGGCCCUCCCCUCCUGCUCCCCAGCCUGGUUGCAGAUUUCAUAGAGAAAGCUACCUAGAUGUACCGGUAGCUUUCAGCACCAAAGGCUGGUAGAGCUCUUGCCUCUCCUUUCUGCGGUUUUCUGUAAGGGGAGGGUUUAUUCUGCUUUUUCUGAAUACCAAAGCCUGUGCAGCUAAAAAGCUGGAAUUGUGCCACAAUGGUUUGUUUGUUUUUUCAAAAAACAAAUAAUCCAAAAGAAGUUUAUUUUAUAUACAAGUAUUUUUUCUAGUCUUAGCAACUUGCAGCUCACUGUAAACCUUUGCCUAUCAAAUUGUCUAGUCUCAUGAUAUCCAGUAUUGCAAAACUGCAAUUAUUUAACUCUUGUUAAAUUUUGACUCAGAGGUGGUUUGUACUCCCGUUAGGAUUGAUUAACUUUUGUGAAAAUCAGAACUGAAGAGGCCGUUCCUUGCCUCUUCUGUUAUUUUGAUUACUGUUGUCAGAAUACUGUUGUAUUCUUUGGUUAUGUAUUUUUUUCAUUUUGGUUAUGCAUUCUUUGGUUUCACCUCUGAUUUUUUUAUUAUUAUUUAUCAUCAUUAUCAUUAUCAUCAUCAUUAUUAAAUUUAUUAGUCACUUUUUCUUUGCCACAGUAACCCAGAACAACUAAUGAAAUCACAAAACAACAACAACCUGAAAUACACAAACUAAAAUUGGGGGCAGGCAGGUGGGAAAUACAUUAAAACAUCCCACUCACUUUAAACGAUCACAGAUAGAGGCCUGGUUGGAAAGCAAAAAUUUUGCCCAACACUGAAGAUAUAUCACAAUGGCACCAGGUCUGCCUCCCAGGGAGGAGCAUCCCACAAGAAAGAGUCACAUUGAGAAGGCUCUAUUCUCAUGUUGCCAACUUCAGGAGCUCCCAUGGGUGGAGCACAAGAAGGAGGCCCUCAGAUGACAAUUGCAGGGACUGUGUUGGUUCAUAUGGGAAGGGCUGGUGGGGUACUGGGGUUCUGAGAAGCAUAACACUGUAAAUAUCAAAACCAGCACUUUAAACGGGGCCCAGAAACCUAUUGUUAGCCAGUGCAGUUGGGCUAGGAUUGGUGUUAUAUGCGCAGAGCAUCUUGCUACAAUAAGAAAAUAUCAAUGUAAGCAAUUUGUUUCCUUUGAGAAAUUAUAUUUCUAAUUCAUGUGUGUGAAAUGAUGCCAAUAUGUAGCUACAAUACUGAGUAUAAAGACAACGCUUUAAAAAAAGCUGCUUUUUUCUGUGCACUGUGCGCCAAAUCCUCCCAAGUCACUUCUCAAUAAUUUGUAGCAAUAAGCAAAAUAAAUAUCAUUAAGAUUG